AUGUCUCAAUCCGGAGCCACCGUUAACCAGGAAUGCAUAACUGCUUUCAACGACCUCAAGCUUAACAAGAAGUACAAGUACAUCGUCUACAAGCUCUCCGAUGACUACAAGGAGAUUGUCGUCGAGCACGCCUCCGAGAGCAAGGACUACGAUGAGUUCCGCGAGAAGCUGAUUAACGCGACCUCCAAGAGCCGAAGUGGCGCCGUUGGCAAGGGUCCCCGAUACGCCGUUUACGAUUUCGAGUACAGCCUAGCCUCUGGCGACGGUAUCCGAAACAAGAUCACCUUCAUCGCCUGGUCCCCCGAUGAUGCUGGUAUCCAGCCCAAGAUGAUCUACGCUUCCUCCAAGGAGGCUCUCAAGCGAACACUCACCGGCAUUGCCCACGAGCACCAGGCCAACGACUCUGAUGACAUCGAAUACGACACCAUCCUCAAGAACGUCAGCAAGGGUCUUGCUGCUUAA